AUGGCUUUUGGCCGGCACCAUGAACAUUCGGUCUGCUUUGAGUCUUCUAAGGUUCUCUUCAAUAAAUACCACCUGUCCCUUGUGAACCAGUUGCUCUCAGCUGGGGUCCUCUCUGCUCCCCCAGUAGCCACCAUCUGUUUAUACGGCUUCCAAAAAAAGAGAUGCUGUGACGGCCAGAAGUGCAGUGCCCACUCCUCUAAGGAACCCUCGCGGAGCUGGAGCUACCGCCACGACUGCAGCGAGACCCAUAGUCCCAGCACCCGGGACCUCGGGCAACCCGCCCCCUCCCCGCCAGGCCACAACGAGCAGAGCCGCCAGCCCGUCCAAACCCCAGGACCUCCACCACUUCUAUCAGAGAAGACGACUCUGGGCAAAGGAGCUGCUCUUGCAGCAGGAGUCCCCUGUAAGCGCGCGGCGCCUGCUCCGUGUCCGCGCUGGAUCACUGGGGAAGCUCGAUGCCAGCGCCGCUCAUCGGCUGAGAGGGGACAGGGCCGGCUUCUCCUGCUCGCCCGGGAUCCGGUCUCCGCAGAGGCUGGGCGUCCCACCCCGGGCUCCGCCAGCCCUGGAGUGAGCCGCGGCGACCGAAGGACCAAAGCGGAGGCCCGGGGUUGACCCGGGGUGGGGAAGGAGGGACGGAGCGGGAGGAGGGGGCAGGGGGCGGGGAAGGGACCCCGGAGGAGAGAGGUGGCAAUGUCUCUCAUCCAAGCGUGCCGCAGUCUGGCUCUCUCAACAUGGCUGCUUUCCUUUUGUUUCGUGCAUCUACUCUGCCUGGACUUCACCGUGGCGGAGAAGGAGGAAUGGUACACCGCCUUCGUGAACAUCACCUAUGCCGAGCCGGAGCCCGGGGCCGCGGUGGCGGGCGGCGGUGGCGGCGCCGAGCUGCACACGGAGAAGAGCGAGUGCGGGCGAUAUGGCGAGCACUCGCCCAAGCAGGACGCGCGCGGCGAAGUGGUCAUGGCCAGCUCGGCCCACGACCGCCUGGCUUGCGACCCCAACACCAAGUUCGCCGCGCCGGCCCACGGCAAGCACUGGAUAGCCCUCAUCCCCAAGGGCAACUGCACCUACAGGGAUAAGAUCCGGAACGCAUUCCUGCAGAACGCCUCCGCUGUGGUCAUCUUCAAUGUGGGCUCCAACACCAAUGAGACCAUCACCAUGUCACACGCCGGUGUGGAAGACAUCGUGGCUAUAAUGAUUCCUGAGCCCAAAGGGAAGGAGAUAGUGGGCCUGUUGGAGAGAAACAUCACGGUGACCAUGUACAUCACCAUCGGAACCCGGAACCUGCAAAAAUAUGUGAGCCGCACGUCGGUUGUGUUUGUCUCCAUCUCCUUCAUUGUCCUGAUGAUCAUUUCCCUCGCAUGGCUGGUCUUUUAUUAUAUCCAGAGGUUUCGCUAUGCAAAUGCCAGGGACAGGAACCAGCGCCGACUGGGAGACGCGGCAAAGAAAGCCAUCAGCAAGCUCCAGGUCAGGACCAUCAGGAAGGGUGACAAGGAAACAGAGUCUGAUUUUGAUAACUGUGCAGUCUGCAUUGAAGGGUACAAACCCAACGACGUGGUCAGGAUCCUGCCCUGCCGGCAUCUUUUCCACAAGUCCUGUGUUGACCCCUGGCUUCUAGACCAUCGCACCUGUCCCAUGUGCAAGAUGAACAUUCUUAAGGCCCUAGGGAUCCCGGCUGAUGGUGAGACCAGAAUAAGAAGCUGGGCUAGGCUGUACACUGUGUUUUGUCAUGCCAAUUCAUAUACCCUGUUCCUUAUACAAAAAGAAGACUCUUGUUUUGCUGUGUUUGUGCUGGUGACAGAUGUGGUCGUUGAUAGUGUUCUUGCUGUAAUUGUUGUUGGUAUCCUUGCAGUGGUUGAUGUUGUAGUUAUCAGUGUUCUUGUGAAUGUAGUUAUAGAUGUGGUUGUUGAUGAUGGUGUGGUUCUUGUAGAUACUGUGGUUGUUGAGGUUGUGGUUGAUGUUGUUGUUAUUGUAGGUGUUGUGGUUGUUGAUGCUAUUACACAGGAGCCUCUGGUGACAGAGCACAAAGGAGAAAGGAGACCAGGAAGCAUCCACAGAUUUAGCGUGAUGUUGACCAUGAACUUUGCCUUGUCCCCACCAGGUGAUCAAGAGCCAGCAGUAAGCAGUGACUCCGACAUUUCGUUGAUUAUGGCGCUGGAAGUGGGGCUGUCUGAUGUAGAACUUUCCACUGACCAAGACUGUGAAGAGGUGAAAUCCUGAGAUGGUGGAAACAGGCAAAAGAAAACACAGGACACAGGGGGACAGGAAGGAAGCAUGUUCUAAGCCUUGAACUGGAUACAAGCUCUUCAGAUCGCCAUGGCGACCCUAGGGCACUCUGUUAGAGGGUGGUAAAGAAAGCAAUAUCCAAAGUCUCCCGGAUCAGGAUGCAGGUCCCAGUCUCUGCCACAGCCUGAGGCCUUGGUGUGGAAGUUGAAAGCUGGAGUCCUCUGUGUCCACGUAGACGCAUGGCAGACCAGAAGGAGACAUUUCACUUCUUCACUUCAUGUCAGCUUCUCCUGUCUUUUUGUUCUUGUUUGGGGAGAUGGUUUCAUUCCCUUGGCAAUUUCUUUCCAAAGAUGAUGUGUGCUUUCUAUCUAUUGCUCUAUUUCCCUUUGAUUCACUCCAGCUAUGUACAGAGGUCUGUUUAGAAGUUCUGGUUGCUUCUCCAAUGAGAGGUUUGUUCCACAUCUCUGCGAUUUGUAGACACGAGUUAUCAGUAUGAAGUGUGUAUGACUUUGAGAAUCACCUCAGCACCCUGAAAUGCUGGAAGGCCAGAAUUCAUCAAGGGUUUAACUCCCUCCUCGGAGUGGGUCUUGGCGAGCCCAGCUGCCGGAGACAGCAACACUGAGUCCACUGCGCAUUGUUCUCAGCUACAUCUCCUAGGUUUCCCCUUGCUCUAGCCAUGGCCACCCCUGCAGGAGAGAGCUUUCAGGGAGAAGUGAGCUCAUCUUACUUGAGGGUCUGUUCCCCGCAGUGCAUGAAUGCCCGUGCUCAGAAUGUGCGACUACAAUCCUGGUUUAAAAACCUGACCCCAUCUUCCCAGGGCAAGGAAGACUCCAUCUCCCUGAUUUCCCCAAGGCCUCAGCACUUUCUCACUUGCAUAAGUGAGUUCUAUGGUUACAGGCAGUAAAAAAGAUGCAACAGUUUUCUUAGGCCGCUGGCAUCCAGGUGUAAGCUUCAGAUGCUGCUCUGUUAAACCCUCAUGAGCCUACAUGGAAAGAACUAAACUUAGCAGUCUGCACCUCAGGCUCUCCUGAGAGCAUUUGGGUAUCAAGAGAAGAAUGAGGUAUGACUUGAAAAAGUCUGAAACAAAAAAAAUUACAUCAUGAGAAACUUCUAAAUCAAGUUUUUCCUGAUUGUGAGAAACAAGAGAAAAAGAGAAAAAAAAAUUAGCAAAUAAGUAUCAAAACCCAUGAUUAUUAUGGGCUCUUAUGAUUUCAUUCUUAUUUUGUUCGAAACGAUGACAAAAAAAUACAUACUUUUUUUCAAAUGGACAGUUUUGUGAUACAUGCAGCAAGCUCAGAGACAGAGGUGGCCACCUGUGUCACUGGACAAACAGGAGGCUCUCCUCUCUCUAGCAGCUGGCUAGGUCACACAGAGCAGGGAUUAACCAGGAGAGCUUGCUCUCCCCACUGAGCUGUAUUUAUGUAUUUGAUUUGGGCUUUUCCACCUCAUUACACUAAUAUAAUUCAAACUGGGCUUGGCUGAUGUCUAAAUCCUUGCUGCCCACUGGAAUUUUGAGUUCAGGGUAAUGGAAUUCUCUACUGCUCUUUUUUUAUUUUUUAACUACUGUUAAUGGGUUCCUAUUUGAUGGUGUAUGGGUAGACAGAAAGGCAGGAAGAUGAUAACAGCCUUCAGAAAAACCUCUUCUGUCUAGGGUCUAGCCCUUCCCAUAAUUAAUGUCAGUUUCAAAGGGCUAAGAAGAGCCACAGCAAGAAAGUCAUUAAGUGCUGAAACAGGAUGUGUAAGUAAAAUUAACUGUCACCUGUUUAAACUGAUCUGUACUGGAUCACUCACUUCUCCAGGGGGAUCUGUUUGUGAAAACAGUUGUGUCAUAAAGCAGAUUUUUAUAUGAAGUCUAAUGAAAUUAGGGUAAUUCAGCAACAAAAGAAAUACAAAUUACACUGUGUGCCCAGAAGGAGCUUUGGUGGGUGGUGUUUUCUGGCCAUCAGUCAGGUAAGUCAUUGAUUACAAAAGCAAGCCCUUGGCCUGAGAUCCUGUAGGAUGCUGUGUGGGUGAUGAAGGAUCCAAGAGGUCCAUCCAUAGUGGGUGAAUCUGACUCCAAGGUGAUCCUAUGGCAAACUCUCAGAGCCUACAAGUCUCCGCUUACCACAGGGUUUUGAUAUGACCGUGGGGCUGGCUUCCUGUGACCUUGACAGCAAAAGAAAGAUUAACAAGAAAGUUUUUCUUUCAAAAUAAAUUGGAAAAGCUCUUACAUAGACUUCUCUGACUUGAAGACUGAGUGAUCCGCACAUGACUGUGUGGCCUGGGAAUGCAAAGUGAGCAUGUAUUUAAAGGAGUGUGUUUUUCUGCAGCAAGUGUCUGCACCAGCUCUGCAAACAGAAACACAAUCCAAGUCACAUACUUAUUUUUUUAACUUCCCAUUACCUGUAACAUUUUUAAAAGCAAAAAAGAA